AUGUCGGACGUUGAAUCAUCGGAACACACGCCUCUGCUUUCCCCAUCAUCAUCCGCUUCGUCCAAUGUCAUUUCCCCCGACGCCCCAGACCGAUCCGUCGAACAUGAUACUAUUCCCGAGACCGCUACAUAUGGAAGAAACAUCUCAUGGUCCAGCGCGUACAUCCUGGUAAUAUCUCGUGUUAUCGGCUCSGGAAUUUUCGCAACACCGGGUGCCAUCGUCAAGUCUGUCGGCAGUAUAGGACUGGCAUUAUCACUCUGGGUGGUAGGAACCAUUCUUUCCGCUUGUGGUCUGGCUGUAUCGCUCGAAUAUGGCUGUAUGUUGCCUCGCUCCGGAGGUGACAAGGUAUAUUUGGAGUUCACAUAUCGGUAUCCGCGUUUUUUAGCGUCGACGCUGGUGGCCGUACAAGCAGUUCUGCUAGGGUUUACGGCUAGUAAUUGCAUUAUAUUCUCCAAAUAUACCUUUUUCGCAUUCAAUGUUGUGCCGAGCGACCUUCAGAAUAAGAUUCUGGCCAUUGGCCUGUUGACUUUGAUCACGAUUGUGCAUGGUUGUUUCAUGAGGACUGGUAUCGCUAUUCAGAAUGCACUUGGAUGGGUCAAGAUUUUCCUAGUCGUCUUUAUGGCACUUAGCGGGAUCUAUGUAAUACUCUUCCAUCAAGGGGAAGAUUUUACUGGUGCACUUACGAGGAAUAAGGAAAGCGACCUUUGGAAGGAUUUGUGGGCAGAUUCCGAUUGGAGUUGGAAUACUAUCUCGACUUCAUUAUUCAAAGUUUUUUAUUCCUAUGCGGGCUUGAGUAACGCCAAUAACGUCUUGAACGAAGUCAAGAAUCCAGUACGGACACUGCGUGGUGUCAGCCUAGCAGCUUUACUCACAUCGUGCCUGUUGUAUAUGCUAGCAAACGUGGCCUACUUUCUGGUUGUACCACUUGACGAAAUCAAACAGAGCGGUGAGCUAGUUGCGGCUCUUUUCUUCGAGCGCGCGUUCGGUCCUAGAUGGGGGAGGACCUUCUUGCCUCUGAUGAUUGCCGUCUCGGCGGCUGCUAAUGUCAUGGUUGUGACAUUUGCUUUGGCUCGCGUGAAUCAAGAAGUUGCCCGACAGGGGUUUUUACCUUUUGCGAGGAUAAUAUCCAGCUCAAAGCCGUUCAACUCCCCAUUUUGGGGACUAAUAAUUCACUACAUUCCAUCUGUGUUAGUGAUUGGUCUUCCCUCACAAGGAGCCGUGUACAAUUUUAUCCUGGACGUCGAAGGUUAUCCCGGGCAGAUAUUCGGCCUGGCUGUUGCAGCGGGACUUGUACUGCUCCGUCGUAGAAGACCAGACUUGAAGCGGCCUUUCAAAGCCUGGCUACCUGCCGUGUGGCUUAAAAUCGCGACUAGUGUCGCCCUUCUCGCCGCGCCAUUCUUCCCUCCGCCAGAUUGGAAGGGCGAUGUCGACUUUUUCUACGCGACGUAUGCAAUUGUGGGCGUUAGCAUCAUUUUGUUCGGCAUUCUAUACUGGUAUAUUUGGACGAUCCUACUUCCCCGAUUUGGAAAUUACACAUUAGAGGAGGAGGUGGAAGUUCUGGACGAUGGCACAAGCAUCACGAAGCUCGUGCAUAAGUCCAAGAGCUAA